UGCAGUUUUCUCCAAAGCAACUCUUUAUUCUUGCCCUCAUGGGUGCAGGGGUGUCUUCAUCGGAAAUCCCUCACAUUGACGAUUUCUCAAUCGACUCCGCGGCCGAUUCGGCGCCCACGAUGCACUUGGUAACCUUAUCGGGAAAAUGCGAUGAAAUUGCCUUUUCAGAUGCCAUUGAUGCCCUGAAUGCAGCUAAUGCAUCUGUGGUAUUCUUCCACGAAGAGACGGGCAUUGCCGUGGUCAAAGGCCUCGAUGAUGACGCUGCCAAACAAGAAGCACGGGAUUCUGAAUGCAUUUCGGAUAUCGAUGAUGACGAAAGUUUUCUCUUGGACGUUGAUACCUCUACUUCAGAGUCGACCUUGAUGGAGAAUGACGGCGUCAUGAGCCCUACUGAUCCUGCUUCAUCCUAUUGGUACGAUGCUUUCCAAUGGAACAUGAGGACAAUCAAGGCGGACAAGGCUUGGGAAGCUGGUAGGUUUGGAUCAGAUUCAGUCACAGUGGCUGUUCUGGAUACAGGAAUUGAUUAUGAAAAUCCAGACUUGGCAGGUCUAGUGGAUCUUGAUAAGUCGGCAUCCUUCGUGCCGUUGGACGAUGUCUAUUCUCAAUAUUACUUCCCUUGGAAGCACCCAAUCACCGAUUUGCACUAUCAUGGAACCCAUGUGGCCAACACCAUUGUCGGAAAUGGAUGGUCAGUUGCUGGAGUUACUUCCAAUAUCAAGCUUAUCGGUGUCAAAGUGUGCAGUGCUGUGGAGGGGUCGUGUCCGUUCAGCAGCGUCAUUGCUGGAGUCCUCCAUGCGGUUGACGUUGAGGCCGAUGUGAUCAACAUGAGUUUGGGAGGCUCGUUUCAGAAGGCCAAUGGCAACGGAAAAAUUGCUGGCUACAUCAACAAAGUCUUCAACUAUGUGAACCGCAACAAGUCUGUCGUUGUUGUCGCAGCUGGCAAUGAUAACACUGACUUGGAUCACAAUGGUAACCAAUACAACAGCUAUUGCGAUACUCCAAACACGAUGUGUGUCUCCGCCUCGGACAUCAACGACCAGGCAACCGAUUACACCAACUAUGGAAACUCUGCCAUUGAUGUUGCAGCUCCGGGAGGAUCAUCGGAAGGUUCGAUCUAUGCUGUAUGCUCUCAAACCAGUUUGGUUAUCGCAGCUUGUCGCGCUGGAUGGUAUGUGAUUGGCCUGGCUGGAAGCAGCAUGGCUGCCCCUCAUGUGGCUGGUUUGGCCGCUCUGGUCGUUGAGGACGUUGGGAACAAGCCGGCCCAAGUAAAGAACACCAUUCGCAACUCUGCCGAUGAUCUUGGUGACAAUGGAAACGACCCUUACUUUGGAAGAGGGCGCAUCAAUGUGGCUGCUGCUUUGGGUUUGGAGUAGAGCUUUGGUUGAAGAUACAUAGAUUGGACAUUGGACAAGCAAGGCAACGUUCUCGGGAAUAACUACAUGUAAGAAGUAUUAGCAAUACUACUAUGCAAGUG